GCUUCCGAUAAAUCCCCCACGAGGAGAAACACAGCAAGUCGCCCUGACAAUUGUAAUAGUAAAACACAGAUAGAAGCUUCAGAAACGACUAUUAAGGCCAGCAAAAGACUAUGUGAAGUAAAACCAUAUGGUCUCAAUAACAAGGAUCGGAUUCAUACAAGGAAAACACAAUCAAAUACCGGUUGACGUCACAAUAUUGACGUGCGUGAUGCUAUCUGGUCGUUCGGUGAUUUAGUGCAGCACGUGACCAAUGGAAAUUUACGAACAAAUGCAGAACACUACACAAUACACGGAUAAAUAAAUGGAUAUACUUUCUGGGGAGAUCGAUCUGAGAGGAUACCCAAGUGCGACAACUCAUGCAUAAUAAUAGCUCAGAUGUUGUUUUUAACUUAUAUGUCGUACAUUAAGCUUGAACAAAGUGCUUGGUAAUAACAGAGCAGGGCAUUGGCAUUGACGAUAACAUAAAGAUUUAGGCCUAUACUAAACAAGAGGAACAUUUGCUCUCGGACCGACUGCAUUUACUUAAAUUGUUGAUGAAUUGGAAAAAAUUAGUAAGCUUUUUGUGAUGGAGUAAUCUUAAGUAACCAUUGACUACGUUUGCAUAUGUUUUCCGAACAUUUAUACUUUUACUCUGGCAAAACGAAGCCGAUAAGUUUAUUAUCAAGAUAUAAACUUAGACUGAACAUUAUUAAAUGUGAUAACGACUUAAAGAACGCUUGCUGUUCUAUGAUAAAGAUUUAUACUUCGUAGUGAUCUCAGGAAGUACUAUAUAAGUACUAUAAAUUGCAUGAAAUAAUAGAUAAUUGGGAUUAAUUAACUAGAAUGGUUAGAAAUGCAACGUCAUAUAGAGGUUCUUUUGUUGGUGAGAUAAUCAACGCUGUAACCAGAACAAUGUAUACUGAUACAGCUGACACGUUCGUAAUUGGUUCAGAGAAGAGUGACAACAUUACCAAUAUCAACAACAACAUAACACCUGGCUCUAUUAUUGAUAGAGAUACAGAUAAUGCUGACCUUCAGUAUAGAUCAAUGGAUAAUGCCUCCGUAGGCUAUCAUCAUUUGGGAUCCGGAAAAACAUUUUAUCAAUCGCUCGAGGUUCUAAGAGUGUCACUUUCGGAAAACAUGACGUCAAAUGCGUCCUUCUUUGAAGAGUUUACAGAAUCACCUAUCCCUGUAUUUAACUUAACAGCGAUGGACUACACAAUCGCAAUAACAGCAGCUCUGAUAAUAUUAGCGACAAUAUUUGGAAACAUUUUAGUUAUCAUAGCUGUGUGCACUGAACCUAAGCUCCGCAAGGUUGGAAAUAGCUUCAUCGUUAGUCUCGCAGUGAGCGAUCUUUUAGUCGGGUUGGUAGUGACCCCUUUGGCCAUUGUGGCUCAGAUCAUGAAACGCUGGAAUCUCGGGGUCAUCCUCUGCGAUUUAUGGGUUUCAAUGGAUGUCAUAUGUUGCACGGCUAGUAUAGUUAAUCUCUGCGUGAUUAGCUUUGAUAGAUACAACGCUAUCACCAGACCACUCGAGUAUGCGUGGAAACGGACAGCCAGGCGAGCUGGUGUCAUGAUUUUUGUUGCUUGGAUGUACUCCGUCAUCAUCGCUGUUCCUCCAUUGUUUGGAUGGAGGGAACCGAGAGAAACCCCAAUUGAUUUAUGCAUCAUAAGCCAGGAUAAGGGCUACACAAUCUACUCCACAUUUGGAGCAUUUUACAUUCCUUUUGUUGUUAUGAUCGUAUUAUAUGGCAAAGUGUUUUACGCAACCGUCAGUAGAAGAAAACAGUGGGUGCAUACAUCCGCAGGGGCCUGCCAGAUAAACAUGAAUUGUAAAAAGAAGCUCAAGAUAAAAGUGGAAACAGAGGUACGAGUAAAAGGACUUUGCCAGUUUAAGGAGGCGUUCAUGAGACUGAACCAAAAGACGGAUAAACAGUGUGAACGAAAUAAGGAGAAACGGUCUGGAAAUGGUUGGGCAAACCAUGGUAUUAAUCUAAGAAUCAUCCGUUCAGAUAAUAUCAUCAUAGACGAAUUCUCGUCAUCGGAUGGGAUAAAUCCGACCAAGAUAAAAUGUGGGAAAUUAUUACAUCCGUUUUAUAACAUUGGAAAUGGCGGGAAACCUGGGCUUGGGAUGGAGAGUAAACGCUCUAGCUUGGAUAGUCGAGCAGUGUAUUCUUCGAGCGUCUCGCCGACAAGCAGUAUGAACUCAUUAUCUAUCUCACAAACAUGCACUCCGGAAUACUCCUCUUUAGCUUCAAGUCUCGAAGACAUGAGAUAUCUCGAGAAUAGAAUGAAUGCGGACAAAGAAAGCAACGUAUUCAUGGAAACCAACGUUGACUAUGAUUCAGAAGAUGGGAGAUCAAAUCAUACGAAUGGUUUCAAACUACCGGGAGAUGACAACUCUGCUGAAGACAAAAAUAUUUUAUCAGCUAUAAAAUCCGGACUUUGCAAAAGUCGGGAUAAGGAUAUAGGGUCAAUUAGUACAUUGUCGGUGAGUACAACAGAAAGAGAUAGAUUGUCAUCAAUAAGUACACGUAGCAGCCUUGCAGAAAACCAAGCAAAUGUUAUCCAAUCAUCCGAUUCUCAAUCAAAGUUCCGUGAUAUUGAGACGAGUCAAAGUACAACCGACAAUGCAACUUUAGAUAAACUUGAGAAAAGUGAAAGUACAGGAAAUACAGAACAAUUGCAGAAAAGACAAAAGAAAAAACGAUCGCGUUCAGAACAGAGUAAAGCAAGGCGCAUGCGCCGGCAUCACCGGAAGCGUCUUUGUAAAGCUUUAGCUCAAGAAAAACGUGCAGCCAAAACGCUUGGAAUCAUAGUUGGCUGUUUCGUGAUUUGCUGGCUGCCCUUUUUCAUAGUAGCUCUUAUAAGACCAUUUUGUCCAAAUUGCGUAUUCCACCCUAUUAUGGAAGCGGUGUUCACAUGGUUAGGAUAUUUCAACAGUACAUUGAACCCAAUAAUAUAUACAUUCUUUAAUCAGGACUUUAGAAAAUCAUUCAAAAAAAUUCUAUGUUUGCGAAAAUGAAGACAAUUUAUUAACUAAAUACAUUCAAAGACGCAUUUCCAUUGUACACUGUUCACGUAUCUAUAUACAGUGGACAUUCAACAAGUUGUCACAAAUUAAUAAUACAUUUUUAUGUACAUAAUUAAGGUCCCAAUCACGCAUUUUAUGAUAAAGAUGAAUAAAAUUAAUUAUAAAAAUGUCCAUUUUUGAAUUGCAUACAAAAGAAUACAGAAUAUGUAAGCCGUACAUGUACGAGCUCUGGAGAUUUACCUUGUAGUAUUUAUCAUCAAUCAUGAAUUCCCUUUUUUGUCUGAAACAUUGAACAGA